GCCGACCUUUUAAGAUGGGCGCCGGUGAUUGGCUGGAGGCUGGGCCAGUGCGAGGGUGGCUUGUUGGCUGGGCCUAGCCCGGCCGGUGUCUCGGAGGGAGGCAAGAUGGUGCUGGAGAGCACUAUGGUCUGUGUUGACAACAGUGAGUACAUGAGAAAUGGGGACUUUUUACCUACUCGCCUGCAAGCCCAGCAAGAUGCUGUCAACAUUGUGUGCCACUCGAAAACCCGUAGCAACCCAGAGAACAACGUGGGGCUCAUUACCUUAGCUAAUAACUGUGAAGUGUUGACCACACUUACCCCAGACACGGGACGGAUCCUUUCCAAAUUACACUCGGUGCAACCCAAAGGGAAAAUUACCUUCUGUACAGGAAUCCGAGUUGCUCAUCUGGCUUUGAAACAUCGUCAAGGCAAAAAUCACAAGAUGCGCAUCAUUGCCUUUGUUGGGAGCCCUGUGGAAGAUAACGAGAAAGAUCUGGUGAAACUGGCAAAGCGCCUUAAAAAGGAGAAAGUAAAUGUUGACAUUAUCAACUUUGGAGAAGAGGAAGCCAACACAGACAAGCUGACUGCCUUCAUUAACGCCUUAAACGGCAAGGAUGGGACUGGUUCCCACCUGGUGACUGUGCCCCCUGGCCCUAGCCUUGCCGAUGCCCUCAUUAGUUCCCCCAUUUUGGCUGGGGAGGGCGGUGCCAUGCUUGGCCUUGGCGCCAGCGACUUUGAGUUUGGAGUGGAUCCCAGCGCGGACCCAGAACUGGCUCUGGCGCUGCGUGUGUCCAUGGAGGAGCAGAGGCAGCGGCAGGAGGAAGAGGCCAGGAGAGCUGCAGCUGCUUCCGCUGCUGAGGCAGGAAUUACAGCCACUGGUGGGGAUGAUUCGGACGAUGCCUUAUUGAAGAUGACGAUCACCCAGCAGGAGUUUGGUAGAGCUGGCCUGCCCGACCUUAGCAGCAUGACAGAAGAGGAGCAGAUUGCUUAUGCCAUGCAGAUGUCUCUGCAAGGGCCAGAGUUCGCCCAAGCUGAAUCAGGAGAAGUUGAUAGCACUGCAGCCAUGGACACAUCAGAACCUACCAAGGAGGAAGAUGAUUACGACGUGAUGCAGGAUCCGGAGUUCCUACAGAGCGUGCUUGAAAACCUGCCUGGCGUCGACCCCAACAACGAGGCCAUCCGCAACGCUAUGGGUUCCUUGGCCUCGCAGGCCUCCAAGGAGAACAAGGACAAAAAGGAAGAGGAGAAGAAGUGAUGGCACUGGGGUACCGGCCUCCCUGCCACUGACAAGCGAUUGGGAUAAUCUCAGCCCUGCAUGUUCCGGUCCAUGUAACCUAAUAACUUCAGUUUACUUAAUCACGGUUCUCCAGGUAGCUGCGGAGCGAUCACAGGGCGAGGGUAGGAAUUUUUUUUUCUUGAUGUAAUAGUUAAUAAAAACGUUAAAUUUUUUUCCA